GGCGGCCGCCCGGGCCCGGUACAGCCGGCCGGAGCCGCUGAGCCGGGGGCCCCCGCGGCGGCCGGGAGCUGCAUGGGGGAGCGCGGGCCGCUCUCGGGAAGAUGCCCCGGCCGGAGCUGCCCCUGCCGGAGGGCUGGGAGGAGGCGCGUGACUUCGACGGCAAGGUCUACUACAUAGACCACACUAGCCGCACCACCAGCUGGAUCGACCCGCGGGACAGGUACACCAAACCGCUCACCUUUGCUGACUGCAUUAGUGAUGAGUUGCCGCUAGGAUGGGAAGAGGCGUAUGACCCACAGGUUGGAGAUUACUUCAUAGACCACAACACCAAAACCACUCAGAUCGAGGACCCCCGGGUACAAUGGCGUCGGGAGCAGGAGCACAUGUUGAAAGAUUACCUAGUGGUGGCCCAGGAGGCCCUGAGUGCUCAGAAGGAGAUCUACCAGGUGAAGCAGCAGCGCCUGGAGCUUGCACAGCAGGAGUAUCAGCAGCUGCAUGCCGUCUGGGAGCACAAACUGGGCUCCCAGGUCAGCUUGGUCUCUGGUUCGUCCUCCAGCUCUAAGUAUGACCCCGAGAUCCUGAAAGCUGAAAUUGCCACUGCAAAAUCCCGGGUCAACAAGCUAAAGAGAGAGAUGGUUCACCUCCAGCAGGAGCUACAGUUCAAAGAGCAUGGCUUCCAGACCCUGAAGAAAAUUGAUAAGAAAAUGUCUGACGCUCAGGGUAGCUACAAACUGGACGAAGCUCAGGCUGUCUUGAGAGAAACAAAAGCGAUCAAAAAGGCCAUCACCUGUGGAGAAAAGGAAAAGCAAGAUCUCAUCAAGAGCCUGGCCAUGCUGAAAGACGGCUUCCGCACUGACAGAGGGUCCCCCUCUGACCUGUGGUCCAGCAGCAGCUCUUUGGAGAGUUCGAGUUUCCCACUGCCAAAGCAGUACCUGGAUGUGAGCUCCCAGACAGACAUCUCAGGAAGUUUUGGCACUGGCAGCAACAAUCAGUUGGCAGAGAAGGUCAGAUUGCGCCUUCGCUAUGAAGAGGCUAAGAGAAGGAUCGCCAACCUGAAGAUCCAGCUGGCCAAGCUCGACAGUGAGGCCUGGCCUGGAGUGCUAGACUCAGAGAGGGACCGGCUGAUCCUCAUCAGUGAGAAGGAGGAGCUGCUGAAGGAGAUGCGCUUCAUCAGCCCCCGGAAGUGGACCCAGGGGGAGGUGGAGCACCUGGAGAUGGCCCGGAAGCGGCUGGAGAAGGAUCUGCAGGCAGCGCGGGACACCCAGAGCAAGGCAUUGACAGAAAGGUUAAAGCUAAACAGCAAGAGGAACCAACUGGUGAGGGAACUGGAGGAAGCCACCCGGCAGGUAGCCACUCUGCAUUCCCAGCUGAAAAGCCUCUCGAGCAGCAUGCAGUCCCUGUCCUCGGGCAGCAGCCCUGGCUCCCUCACAUCCAGCCGGGGCUCCCUGGCCGCUUCCAGCCUGGACUCCUCCACCUCGGCCAGCUUCACCGACCUCUACUAUGACCCCUUUGAGCAGCUGGACUCAGAACUGCAGAGCAAGGUGGAGUUCAUGCUCCUGGAGGGGGCCACAGGCUUCCGACCCUCCGGGUGCAUCACCACCAUCCACGAAGAUGAGGUGGCCAAGACCCAGAAAGUGGAGGGGGGCAGCCGCCUGCAGGCCCUGCGCUCCCUGUCUGGCACCCCGAAGUCCCUGACCUCCCUGUCCCCCCGCUCCUCCCUCUCCUCCCCAUCCCCGCCCUGCUCUCCUCUCAUUGCUGACCCCCUCCUGGCUGGAGAUGCCUUUCUGAGCCCUCUGGAGUUUGAAGACCCGGAACUGAGUGCCACUCUUGGUGAACUGAGCCUUGGCAGCAGCACCCGGGAGAGGUACCGCCUGGAAGACCCGGGAACACAGGGCAUGCAGCUGAGCCAAGCUGUGAAUACAGCCCAGGGGUGUGGCCUGAAAGUGGCCUGUGUCUCAGCUGCUGUGUCAGAUGAAUCCGUGGCCGGGGACAGUGGUGUCUAUGAGGCUUCCGUGCAGAGACUGGGUGCUUCAGAAGCUGCUGCUUUUGACAGUGAUGAAUCAGAAGCAGUGGGUGCAACCCGGGUUCAGAUGGCCCUGAAGUAUGAUGAGAAGAAUAAGCAAUUUGCAAUAUUAAUCAUUCAGCUGAGUAACCUUUCUGCUCUGUUGCUGCAACAAGACCAGAAAGUGAACAUUCGCGUGGCCAUCCUUCCCUGCUCCGAAAGCACCACCUGCCUCUUUCGGACGCGGCCCCUGGACGCCGUGGACACCCUCGUGUUCAACGAAGUGUUCUGGGUGUCCAUGUCCUAUCCGGCCCUUCACCAGAAGACCUUAAGAGUAGAUGUCUGUACCUCUGACAGAAGCCAUCUGGAGGAGUGCUUGGGAGGCACCCAGAUCAGCCUGGCCGAGGUCUGCCGCUCUGGAGAGAGGUCAACUCGUUGGUACAACCUCCUGAGCUACAAAUACUUGAAGAAACAGAGCAGGGAGCCCAAGCCAGUGGGAGCCAGGGCCCCCACCCCAGGGCCUGAAAGCACGGAUGCAGUAUCUGCUCUGCUGGAACAGACGGCAGUGGAGCUGGAGAGGAGGCAGGAGAGGAGGAGUGGUGCACAGACCCUGGAAGACAGCUGGGGCUGCGAGAUCAGCGAGAACGAGGUGGCCGCAGAGGAGGAGGGGGAGGAGGUUCAGGAGGAGGAGGGGGAGGAGGGCAUACCCGCUGAGAAAACCUCACCGGAUGUGGGCGAGUGCCCAGCAUUAAAGGUGGACAAAGAGACUAACACAGAGACCCUGGCCCCAUCUCCCACAGUGGUGCGACCCAAGGACCGGCGGGUGGGCACGCCAUCCCCAGGGCCAUUUCUUCGAGGGAGCACUAUCAUCCGCUCUAAGACCUUCUCUCCUGGACCCCAGAGCCAGUAUGUGUGCCGGCUGAAUCGUAGUGAUAGUGACAGCUCCACGCUGUCCAAGAAGCCACCUUUUGUUCGAAACUCCCUGGAGCGGUGCAGUGUCCGGGUGAAGCGGCCAUCCCCACUCCUGCAGCCUCCGUCAGUCAAAUCUCUGCGUGCUGAGCGCCUGAUCCGCACCUCGCUGGACCUUGAAUUAGACCUGCAGGCCACCAGGACCUGGCACAGCCAACUGACUCAGGAGAUCUCAGUGCUCAAGGAGCUCAAGGAGCAGCUUGAACAAGCCAAGAGCCACGGGGAGAAGGAGCUACCACAGUGGUUGCGUGAGGAUGAGCGCUUCCGCCUGCUGCUGAGGAUGCUGGAGAGGCGGAUGGACCAAGCCGAGCACAAGGGUGAGCUUCACACAGACAAGAUGAUGCGGGCAGCUGCCAAGGAUGUGCACAGGCUCCGAGGCCAGAGCUGCAAGGAGCCCCCAGAAGUGCAGUCUUUCAGGGAGAAGAUGGCGUUUUUCACCCAGCCUCGGAUGAAUAUCCCCACCCUCUCUGCAGAUGACGUCUAAUCGCCAGAAAAGUAUUUCCUUUGUUCCACUGACCACGCUGUGAACGUAGACUGUGGCUAGUUGUUUAUGUGGUGUUAUAUGAAGGUACUGAGUCACAAGUCCAGUAGUGCUCUUGUUGGUUUGAAAUUGAAUCAGAUUUUUUAGUUUGGGCUCUAUUAUUAUUGAAACAAAAACAAAAACAAAAAACCAGCAUUAAAAUGACAAGAUUGUAUAGUUUGUAUAUUUAGGAAUGUAUUUUUGAGAAAGAAAAUUUAAAUGAACUAAAGCAGUAUUAAGUUGCUGCUCUUCUUAAAAUUGUUUAGAUUUUUUUUUUGUACAGCUCUACCUUCUAGAGGUUUCACUGCAAUAAGAAGUAAUGUUUUGGGGAUGGUAAUCCUAAAAGGACAUCCCACAGAUGUCACAGCACAGCUGACCUUUCCUACUUAACAUAUUUUGUACGAUAUUAAAAAAAAAUGCACAAGAACCAUUUGGGGGAUUCUGAGGUGCAUCCGUGAAUCUUCAAGAGCUGUGAUGUGUUUUUAUGUGAUCGCCUGAUGUGGAGCAGAAAGCACGGAGCUGGCUGAGCAGCCCAGCCCAUGCCGGUCUCAGAUGCCCAGUGAAGCCACUGAAGUGAGUGAGGGAGGGCUGUGGAGAAUGCCUUUCAGCUUUAUCUUCAUCAAUAAAGUGGCCUUUCUGAACGUACUUCUUCUCUCUCUCUUUUCCCCCACCCCUCACUCCAUCUAUGUUUCCCUGAUUUUUGACUCCCCUUUCCAACCAUUUUCUCCCCACCCGUUCCCUGUCCAGGUGACUUGCUUUUCUUUUGCCCACCCCUCCCCUCGUUUCUCAUUAAAUUAAAAUGACUGCUCAGCUGCGGCUGUUGCAGACAAACCAAAGUCAGCCUUUGACAAAUGAGAAGCAAAGUCUCUUCCUGCUUCCUUUCGCUGACAUCAUCCUGUGUAACUUCCCACAAAGUGUGUUGCACCACCAGCCACAUUAGAAUCACUUGAGGCAGCUUGUUAAAAAUACAGACUUCUUCCCCAGACCUACUGACCCACCCUUCCCCCGACCGGGAUGGGUCCAGAGGCCUGCUACUAGCCAUGUCCCACUGUCAGUCUUAUGCACGCUGUGUUUUGAGAGACCUACUGGUAUAAUGUGAAUGAAGCCCAGGCAAAAUGCUGAGGCCCUGCACCCUGUUAGAGAGUCACAUGGGACACUGAUCUGCAUGGCCCUCUCCAGGCCUCUGAGGAUCACUGCGAGAGAAGGUGGUAGAGGAAGUAGAGCCCCUUUCACUGGGCUGUGGAGGCUCCUCCGCCAUCUCACCACUGCUUUCCUGACCUGGCUGUUUCUCCUUCUGCAGAAGGAACCUAUGGUGGCAUAGAAUCAACUGCUGUUCCCCAUAUGGCUUGCAGAGCUUUCAGGGGCCAGGCCUCCCUCCUACUAUACAGUCCAUUUUCUCACCACCAACCCAGAGCUUCCUCUUUCCCCAAGGCUUCACAUCUCUGAACACACCAGUCCAUGACACACAGUUGCUCCUUCCAUGAAAUUCCACCCCACACGUUGAGGGUUAGCUUUGCACUUUCUUCAAAUGAGUAUCAACAUUGUCUCUAAUCAUUUGCAAUAGGUCCCAGAGUACAAGGAUUGUAUCUCACACUGCUCCUGUGGCCCCAAUGCCUGCACAGCUCAGAGCUUUGAGACGGCUGCUGUCCUUGCUGACCCUGCCCUUCUGUUACGGGCACUGAUUGCAGCGAUGGAGCAGAUGGCCCCAGCCAACCAGUCAGAGUGUCCCAUCCCAUUGGCUGCCAUGAAUAGACCAAGGAAGGGCAUGGGGCCCUAGCUGGGCUAAUCAGAGCCCUUCCCCUGCAUUUUCCAUUUGAAGGUUAGAGACUAGAUUUUCUCUUCCCAAAGCUACCGAUAGCUAUGGUUCCAGCUUCAGGGACCAAUCCUACAGAGAGAAGCAAAUGAAAGAAGUGAGAGGAGAAGGGAUAUGCUUGGAGUCUGAGUGCACAGGUCAGCUGCAUCCUCACUCUAUUUGUAGUCUAUCUCUUAAACCGAGUCCAGAGUGCUCAAGAAAAAUUUGAAGGUCAUGAAAUGGAGUUUUUCACUCAGUCACACCUUCAUCCGUGUUAGCUGUCCCAACAAGGGUCAGCCCCUCACCCCCUCACAGCUUCAGUUUCCGUGAAGCAGAGCUCUAAACUGCCUCCUUAUGUAUGGGAAAGGCCAUGUAUGGAGCAACUCCUCCUGCCCAAGAAGCGUGUCUCAAUGUUGCUGCAGCUGACAGAGCAUUUGCAGGGAGUAGCAGACCAUCUCUGCAGAAGGCAGACCCCCCUCUGUCAGCCAUGGCAUUGACCUCCCUAUAAACAGUUCACUGGCAAACAAGCCACCAAUACAUCCUGUUGGUUGCCUGGCAAGAAACUAAAGAAUAAAUUUCCACUCAUAUUCAUGCAUGUGUGUUCUCCAGAAUCUUCAGGAAAACAAUGCUCAGCAAUGUAGAAUGAUCUGCUCAAGGUCUUCCAAAAGCUAGGAUGCCAGCCUUGUCUUCCAACUUGGAAAUUUUCUAUGUCAUUCAACUCUAGUUUCUGUUUCAUGGCAUUGUGGUCACAUGAGGCCUUACUUGAAGGGAAUUUGAUCAUUUGGUUUUAAAGAAUGAAGUGAUGAAAACCUUUGGUUUCUCUGCAUGGGGGUAUAGAGAAAGGUGGAGUGAGUAGGAGACCAGCCUGAGAAAAGAUAUUCAGCAAACCCUCACUGGGUUUGUUUGUUCCAUUCAUAAAGCCAAUCAUAUUGUCUUCUUGACUACAAAUCUUUUGUAAUAUGCACACUGGCAGUCUUCAUGUUUGCUGCCUCCAAGAAGGCUAACAAGUAAUAUUUGUCCAGGUAACUAUCCCCCUCCUAAUCAGAUUGCAGCCACGCUGACCUUUCAUUUCUAUAUUCCCAUCCCAUGGCCUUUACCUUCUGUCUGGCACACUUUCUCUCCACUUUUUCAUCCCAUCCUCAUAGGACUCGCUCUUUAUCACUAUUCAGAUCUCAGCUCAAGCCUCACCCCUCAGAGAGCCACCUCUACCCUGAUCCUGGGCCACCUUACCCUUGCCCUCCUGUAAGUUAGUCUCUGGUAUGAUAGCAUGAUUUGUUUGCUUCAGAGCAGUGUUCUUCUCUGUAGUAAUCUAAUUACAUCCCCUUCCUCUGUGUCUUCCUUCUAGAAAGUUAAGAUCUUAAAGCCAGGGUCCUUGUUUACUUUGUUUUCUGUUGAGUCUGAUGCAGGGUGAGUCCUUAAUAAGUAUUUGUAGAAUGAAUGAAUGAGAGAAUAAAUGUUUGCCCCAGA